AUGAAGAAAGGAAUUUUUGAGGGUUUGGAGGGGAUACUUAGUUCAAAUUACUGGCCGGCAGACAGAAAUGAAACUUUUAUUAGUGGAUUUUCAAUUGAUGUCUUUGAGGCUGCAGCGAAGCAACUACUUUAUCGCCUCCCAUAUGUGUUUUUACCCUACUAUGGUUCAUAUGAUGAAAUGGUGGCAGAAGUUCACAACAAGAGCCUGGAUGCAGGUGUAGGUGACACAGAAAUAAUGGUGGAUCGUUAUGUUUAUGCAGAAUUUUCGCAGCCAUAUAUCGAAUCCGGGCUGGUAAUGGUGGUGACAGUAAAACCAGGCGUGAAAGAUAAAGGAUUCGUUGUUGUAGAUGCCUUCAAGAAAGAAAUGUGGAUUCAGAUGGCGGCUAUGAGCAUGUCCUCAGUAGUUGAUAUAUGGUUAAUUAAAUAUGCUAACAACAACCCGGAUAUAACAGGAUUAUUCUGGCAGCUAUUAAGUUCCAUGCUAUGA